AUGAGUGAUGGGAAACUAUUUGUCAAGACUAAGUCCGUCGAGUUAAGGACCGAGUUGGAACGAGCACUUAAAAAAUCAAAGCCACAGGCUAGAAUUAAAGUUGUUUUAAAAAAAGUACUUGCCAAUAUAAUAUUGAAUAAUAAUGAAAUUAUCAAAUUCUUUCCGGAUAUAAUUUCCCUUAUGAAGUUUGAUGACUUCGAAAUUAGGAAGAUGUGUUUCCAAUACUUGAUUACAUUCGCCAGUUCUAGUCCGAAGGAUGCCCAUGAUGCGUUACCGUUUUUGGUCCGGUUUGAAGAUGAACCGGAUCCUUUAAUGAAAGCGUUAGCACUCAAGACAUUAUCAUCCAUUCCAAAUAAAGACUACGUUAGCGUAACAUUUAACAAGGUGAUUAGUGCUUUACAUUCUCCCGAUCCUCAUGUAAGAAAAGCGGCAGCUUUUGCCGUGUCAAGACUUUUUCAGCAUGAUCAGGAAAGAGCUACACAACUGCAUUUACUUGAAGAUUUGAAUGAGCUUUUAUAUGACUCAAAUGAAACGGUUGUGGCAAAUGCUCUAGCUUCACUUAGCUAUAUUACUGAGAAAGUGAAAACUUUAUCAUUGACCAUUGAUAAGAAACAUUCAUUAGCCUUAUUGUCAUAUUUGGGGAAGACAAACGAGUGGUGUCACAUAUAUAUAUUAAAUUCCUUAAUGGCUUAUGUUCCACAGACAACGGAAGAGGCCUUGGAUUUGAUUGAAGCUACCAUUCCUUCGUUACAACAUGAAAAUUCCGCUGUCAUUUUGAAUGCAAUUAAGAUAAUUGUAUACUUCAGCCAUUACGUUAAAAAUCCAGAAUUAGUGAUUCCAACGUUAUCAAAGAAAUUAGGAUCUUCACUUGUGUCUCUUCUAUCUAAACCACCAGAAACACAGUUUCUUGCUUUGAGAAAUGUUAUUCUUCUACUUCUAGGUAGAAAGGAAUUACUAAGUUUCGAUAUUGAAAUGUUCUUCUGCCGUUACGAUGACCCUAUUUACAUUAAAGAUACAAAGCUAGAAAUAAUUUACUUAGCUGCAAAUGAACAAAAUGUUCAUGUUGUCUUGAGAGAAUUAGAGGAAUAUGCUACUGAGGUAGAUGUUGCCAUGGCUAGAAAGGCGAUUAGAGCUUUUGGAAAUUUAGCUGUUAAACUAACUGGAGCAUCAGACGAAUGUGUUGAUGUUAUAUGUGAUUUAAUUUCUAAUGGAAUCUCUUAUAUUGUACAAGAAUCUACAAUUGUAAUUAAGAAUAUUUUGCGGAAAUAUCCAGGAAGAUAUAAUUUCGCAAUUAAAGAGUUAAUGAAACAUUAUAAAGUUAUCGAUGAACCGGAAGCCAAAACUGCAAUGAUUUGGAUUUUAGGUCAAUAUUGUGAACAUAUUGAAAAGGUGGAAUUUAUUAUGGGAGAUUUUAUUUCUACAUUUAAGGAUGAUCCGAUAGAAGUACAAUAUGCCAUUCUCACUGCUGCAACGAAAUUAUAUUUGAAAUUACCAGAAAGAGGCGAAAGCUUGAUAUUGAAAGUCUUGAAGUGGGCAACAGAGGAAGUAGAUAACCCUGAUAUUAGAGAUAGAGGCUUUAUAUAUUGGAGAUUGCUUUCCGCCGAAGAUGCUAACGGAGCAGAUGGCGAAUUUCAAGCAAAUACUAAGAAAGUCAUUUUGAAUUCUAAUCCAGUUAUUUCAACAGAUAGUGAUAAUAUUGAUCCAACUAUAUUAGAAGAACUUGAAUUGAAUAUUGGAACUUUGGCAUCAAUUUAUUUGAAGCCUAUACUGCACGUAUUUCGUCUUGCAAAACCAAAAUCCUUACCAUAUAGCCCUGCUUUACAAAUGAGACAACAACCAAACGCACCAGUGUCAACAAAUGCAUCAAAUGACAAUGUACAUCUUACUCAUUCGACCGCCGCUUCAGCUGAAUAUAUUUCUCCAAGAAGAAUAAGUUCGCCUAGCGUCAGCCAUUCCAGUAGGCCAAGUCGGCACUUACCUCUCCCUAGACAAGAGUCUGACUUAUCCAGUAAUGAAGACAACACGCCAAAGAAGAGCAGCUUUGCUAAGAGACUCACUAGACAGGCUUCUAUUUUGACUGGAAGAAAGAACAAAUGA